AUGAUCACUAGAAUCGAAGCAUUACCUAAUGAAAUUCUUUUGUGUAUAUUUUCUUAUCUUGAAUGGUUUGACAUGUUAACAUGUUUAUGGUCAUUGAAUAUUCGGUUUAAUUCUCUUAUAUGUUCAGUUCUUUCAAUAAAUAACAAUUUAAUGAAUAGUGGUCUUGUUAUUAAAUGUGGUUUAUCUUAUAAUAAAUGUUGUUCAAUAUUAUUUCCAUUGAUUUUGAAUUCUUCAUCUCUUUCUUCUUCUAUUCAACGUAUUCAUUUAGAUGGAAAUAAUUCAUCUGCUUAUGAUCUUUGUUAUGAAUGGUUAUUUAAUGAUAAAAAUAUACUUCAUUUUCCUAAUCUUAAAUCACUUGUUCUUACUCAAUGUGGAUCAAUUAGAUCAAUAGUUCAAAGUUUAUUAUAUCUCAUUCAAUACCAAUUAGAUAACCUUACAUUAACAUUUGACAAUUCAGUGUUGUAUCAAAUGCUUUACGUGAAACGAACGACAGUUAGAGUUUCUGAUAUAGAAAAACAAAUGAUUAUGUUUGAACAAUUUCUUUAUAAAUUAUUCUCUGAUCAAUGUCAAUUAACAUCUCUUCAACUUGAUAUUAGUAGUGACUGUAGAGCUGGUGGCAUUCAUCAAUGUUUAAAUGCAAAUUCUUAUGUCUCUUCGAAAUUUCUUCAACAUCAACAUCAAUCUUGUUGUUUGACUCUUCGUCAUUUAUAUAUUCGACUUAAUCAAACUUGUUUUCUUGAAAAUCUUAUUGAGCAUGUACCUAAUAUCGAACAAUUAUUGGUUGAAUUUGAUUGUUCAUUGGGUUCAUUUGCAUCAUGGAAAUCAAAUGUCGAAAUAUUGAAACAAUCAAAGACAAGUUGGUUUAAUAAAAUACCAAAGCUACAGGAUUUUAGUUUAAAAACUUUCAUUCAAGAUGAUUUUGGCUUUAUCUAUUUGAAAUGGCUUCUUAACAACUUAAAUUAUAUUGAAAAACUUAAAGUUCAUAUUAAAAAUGAUAAACUAACUGAAACAAAAUGUCAAAAUAUAUGGAAAUGUUUGAUUGAUGCAAAUUUCGUUCAUCAAUAUUGUUUACCUGAUAUAAUACAUAAUUUAAUUUAUUUCAAUUUUUAUAUUUGUUCGGAAUAUCAAUUAUCAUUAAAUGAUAUCUGGAAAAUAAUAAAUUCAUUUAAAAUUCAUUCUUUUUUUACUGAACAUCAAUGGACAAAUGUCAAAUGUUUAUUUGAUCCAAUUAUGUCAUGUCUACAUCUUUUUUCUUCUUUUACUAAUGCAUUUCAAUCUUCUAAUUGUUUGAUUAAUUAUUCAAAUAUUUUCAAUUGGUCAGCUUUCCACUAUCAACGGUUUAGUUUACAUCCAUCAAUUCAUUUUUUUUUAGAAGAAUUUAAUGAAUUAUAUUCGAAUCUUUCUUAUAUCAACAUAUAUAAACUCAAUACCACGAUAUCAAAAAAUCGAAAUGAAAUACGUGAAAAAGUGCUUGCUCAUCUGAUUUCAAUGACUGUUCAACUUAAAUAUCUUCUGGUUGAACGAUUUGAAUGGCUUUUACAUGUUGUUCAAUACGCAUCUAACGAACUGAGAACGAAUGCAUUAAGUACUGUUCAAUAUACUGAAUUCAGACUUCCAAGUUGUAAUUACAGUGAUAACAAUGUGGUUUCUGUUGGUAAACAUCUUGUGCCUUUUCUUAGCACGUAUAUGCCUCAUUUACAAACAUUACGUCUUUGGCGACCUGAUGAUUUCCCAUGGACAUCUCCUCAACAUGUGACUAUAUUUGAGCAAGAUCUUUCUCAAUUGGUCAAAAACUUAAAAGAAUUUACUUUUCUCGAUAUUUUUGGUGAAAUUCAUUACGAAAAAGUUGAACCUUAUCGUUUAAUGGCUGAAUCUCUCUUUCCUCAUAGUCGAGUAGAUGUUGAAAUAUCAAGAUUUCGUUUGUGGAUUUAA